CCCAUAAGGGUUCCUCCUUCUCCGCCAACUUCCCAACCCCGCGCCCUUUACCACCCACCGACCCACGUCUGCUGAUUCCUCUCUUUCUCUCAGCACUACGAUAUUAACGAAAUGUCCGACCCUUCUCGUCUCUCGCCGCCGAGAAGAGGCGGCCGCGGGAUGGCGGUCGAAGAGCUUUAUAGCAUCGAGCAGCGGGGCCAGCGACGUCACCAGCAGCGAGGGAAUCAGUCUCCAGGUCAGCAGCGAGUUGACGCGUCUGUUAAGAGUCCAGCCGAGGACGAUAGCGGUCUGGACGAGCUCGAGCGUCUGAGUGUGAAGACAGCCGACGAUCUCGCUGCAGGAGUAGAUGCGCGCGUCGUGCUGCCGCUACAGCCGCCUCCUCCCCCUCUACCGACAGCAAGCCCCCAAAGACCAGCGCGUCAUCGCCGGACCAUCACGCUUCCGGAAACCGGCACCGAAGUCACGAUCAGCGACUCCGAGAGCGACAGCGGAUCAGACAAUCUACGCUCCGGCGCGCUUCUCGAUGACGCUGCUAGUAGCAAUGCGAGUUACUUGUCCAGACGGCUUUCGGAAUUCGGUCAGACCGUGCGGGGGUUGAUGGCCCAGCCUAAUGGGAAUGGCUUGAACGGGGGCCGGCAGAUGUUGCUUCCGGAGACGGGGAUGGAGUUUAUGAUUACUAGUUCGCCGUCCCCUGAGCCUGUUCCGGAACCUGUCGAGUCUGUGCCUGCAGGUACUGCUCGAACACCUCGACCACCGUCCCGACCUUUCCCUUCCCGACCCCUCACCCCCCUCCGCCAACGCCUCUCCACCGCCAUCAAACGCACGCGCACCUUCCCCCGCCGCGCCGCCUCGAAAUAUUCCUCCGCUACAGCUCCCCACAUCGCAAAGCCCCGCUUCAGACGCGUCAGACUCUCGCGGUUUUUCCCCUGCGCGCGCCCGUCCUCCCGCGCGACGACCACGAUCCACCACAGCUUUUCUCACGAGAAAAACAAGAGAGACGCGGCGACGAGUCCUGUUUCGCUUUGCGCGCCGGCGCGUGAGCGCGUGCCGGUCGCUGGUCGACGCGCGCGCUCGUUGUCGCCGGGUGCGGAUGCGAAUGCUGCACGCACACAGCACAGCUCACGACACAGCCGGUCUCCUACAUCGCCUACCUCCCCAUCCAACGCAGCGCGAUCCACCGCGAUCACAAAGGCGCCGGGUUCUCCUACGGGUAGAAAACGCGGGAGCCGACGUAUGAAGGCCAAAGCCCGCGCUUCGUCGGUCAUGAACGCGAUCGAGCAGGCUGCUACCGAGGCACUUGAGUCGCUCACGCUGAAUCAGCGCGGGAAGAGCUCGUCGGCUAAAAUGCUGUCUGAAGGCAGAGCUGCUGACUCGCUGCAGCGAGUGAAGAGUAGCUGUGGCGUUUUCGGCAACGCGUUUUCUGGUCGUCGCGGGGGCGAAACGAACGACGACGAUGCUGAACAUACGAACGUCGACGAACCAGCGCAGGAUCCUACCGCCGCCGCUCCCAUCCGGUCCGCGAACGACUCGCAAAAGACACUCGUCGGCGAUAAGAAUUCCUCGCAUCCCUCGUCGCAGGUGACGCUGACACCACCUACCCCGCUCCCGGCGGUGGCACCCAGCAGCAGCGCUACUGCCUCUCCUGUCGCGAAGAAGACGACGAAAAUGAGAGCGUCUGUUGGACAACUGCGCCCUGUGCGCGUGCUUUCGAAACGAGGCCGUAGACGGUCCUUCUGAACCCUCUCUUCUGCUCUGUUUCUGCUCAAGUCUCUGUGGACUGCUUGAGACCCUGUAUUCUGUUUCUUGGUUCUGUGUACGUCCCGUGCGACAGAUACCCUCUUCUAUUCUACCUGUCUCGGUACUAGUAAGCACGUCUUACGUCGCCUUGGUAUAUCAACUUAUCAUCAAAGUAUAGAGCGUAGCUCCUUCAAUAAACUAUUCUUUUAUCUUAUUACAAACUUA